UAUAGAUUUGCAACAUACUAACUUUGAAGGGAAGUUCUCAAAGCAGUCGAUGCCAAUCAGUAGUAAGCAGAGCGUAUCAGCUGCGUUUAGUUUAGAAGUUAUUAACGGACUAUUAAAAAAUCAUGGUUCGUCCAUUGCCGCCAUGCCUACAGAAAAUUGCCAUUGAAGAACUGAAUGAAGAUCCAGCUAGAGUAGACGAUGAUAUUCAGGCUUUGAAAACAUGGAUUAACCAACAACCUCACCUUAGAGCUCGAACAGAUGACCAGUUUCUGUUGUCAUUUUUGCGUGGCUGUAAAUACAGUUUGGAAAAGGCCAAAUCCAAAAUUGACAAAUACUACAUGCUGAGAUCUAAAUUCCCGGAAUUAUUCUCAUUGAGAGAUGUCGAUAGUCCGAACAUUUUAGAAAUUAUUAAAUUGGGAGUUGGUUUGGUUUUGCCAACACCUUUGAAUGAAACUGGACCACGCAUUUUGCUAAUUAGAAAUGGCUGUUAUGAUCCCAACAAAUGUAACUUUGCUGACAUCAUGCGUGUGGCGCAAGCUUGCAAUGAAAUUCUUAUGUGGGAAGAUGAUUACGCUAUAGUUAAUGGCUUCAUUCAUAUAAUGGAUUUGAAAGAUUGGACCAAGCAGCAUUUCUUUCAAGUGUCACCUAGUUUAAUGAAAAAGAUGGCUGUGUACUCAGAAGAAGCAAUGCCGCUGAGGCCUAAAUCUUCUCACUGCAUUAACGCCCCCUCAAUAUUUGAAUCGUUGUUCAAUAUGAUGAAACCCAUGAUGUCUGAGAAACAAGUCAAUAGGAUGAUUAUCUAUGGCUCUAAUCUUGAGAAGAUGUAUUCCAAAAUUCCUCAGAAAUAUUUACCCAAAGAGUAUGGAGGAGAAAAUGGUUCCAUACCGGACAUUAUAGCCCAUUGGGAGAAGAAGUAUCUUGAAUAUCGAGAAUAUUUCUUGGACGAUGCCAAGUUUGGCACCGAUGAACAUUUAAGACCGGGAAAACCCAUUGAUUUCGAAAAUCUCUUUGGCAUGGAAGGUUCAUUCCGAAAACUUAAUGUUGAUUAGAAUUGUAACCAUUAUGGGAGUUGUUGCUGUAGUGAUAAAACAUUUAAAAUAUGCUUAAUCUUAUCAAUAAUUGAUAAUAUAUUUGUUUUUAUUUUACCAUCAUGAC